AUGGGAGAGUGCAACACUCACACAACUCAUUUUGUUUUAGUCCAUGGUUCAUCUGCAGGAGCUUGGGUAUGGUACAAGGUGAAGCCAAUGCUUGAGGCAGCUGGCCACUCUGUCACCGCUCUUGACAUGAGUGCUUCUGGGGUGAACACAAAAACACUUGAAGAAGUCCGUACUUUUGAUCAAUAUAACGAACCCUUGAUCGAGUUCAUCGCCAACUUACCUGAAGAUGAAAAGGUUGUGUUGGUGGGGCAUAGUUUUGGUGGCUUAAACCUAGCUUUCGCUAUGGAGAAGUUCCCAGAGAAGAUUUCUCUAGCAAUUUUCGUUACAGCAAUCUUGCCUGAUACUCAGCACCGGCCAUCUUUUAUGUUAGAGAAGGAUCUCACUCUCCAAGCGCUUCUAAAUAGACCAGGAUCAAUGUUUUUGGAAAGCCUGUCCAAGGCGAACAAGUUCACUAAUGAUAGAUAUGGAUCAGUUCCGCUAGUUUAUAUUGCUUGUCCUGAGGAUUUAUUGGUUACUCCAUCACUACGGCGUUUCAUGAUUGAACAAAAUGAGGUUAAGGAAGUGAUGCAUAUUCCAGCAGAUCAUAUGGCAGUUUUUUCCAAGCCUAAAGAACUCAGUCAGGGAGCUUGGACAUGGUACAAGGUGAAGACAAUGCUGGAGGCAGCUAACCACUCUGUCACAGCUCUUGACAUGAGUGCAUCAGGGGUGAACACAAUUGAGCUACAGAGUAGUAUAUUAUAA